AUUAAACUAAUGGAGAAUGUUGUUUUUUUUGUGAUUUAUAUUCAUGAUUUAAAGUACUGUAACAGAACAUUUAUUUAAAUUGUGUAGACAGGCUUCACUGAUUUACACUGCAGUUAGAUUAGAGAUUAAGGGACAGCCAUUUAUUUAAAGGGUACAUAAGGCACCCAUGACAUAUUCUGACAAAUUCAACAAAUAAAUCUGUCUAAAUGAACUAUUGACACUUAAAAGAGAGAUUAUGUAAAUGGUAAAUGGACUGUACUUAUAUAGCACCUUUCUAGUCUUCUGACCACUCAAAGUGCUUUUACACUAAUCUCUCAUUCAUCAAUUUUCAGCUUUACAGAUUGAGUCGAUAUGUUAUAUCCAGUCUUAGUUAGGAGGAAUGGUAACACCAAUAGGAUGAACAGGAGGAAUGAUAACAUUAAGCAAAACCUGUUUGGGUACCUGACUCUUACUGUAAGGCAGACUUAACAAACUUCCCUUUAAUGUUACAUACAAAAUACAUAGCAACAACGUGGAGGACAAGAAAAAAAUCCUGGUUGAGCUGACAGUGCCUUUGGAGGAGGGAUGUGACGUGGCCCAUAAGAGGGAGGUGCUGAAGUACCAGUACCUCCCUCAGGAGUGCAAGGACAAGGGGUGGCAGCAUGGCUGUACCCAGUGGAGGUCGGCUUCAGAGGUUUUCCCGCCAAAUCAACCUGGCAGCUACUAUCAGCUCUGACAUCUAUACAACGUCAGAUCACGUAGACUGAGUGACAGAAUUUUGUUAAACUGAAAGGGAAAGAAACAUCAACAGUAAAUAUCCAGUACUGACCUGAGAUCCUUUGUAUCCUUUAUGUUUUUGCCUCCAGUAAGAUAAGUAUGUAAAUACUUUGUUUUAAAGCUACUUGAUUGACAUCUCACUGGAAAAAAAUGAGUAGAUAUACUCAAAUUAAAAGAAUGCUGAAUGUAUUCCUAAAUGAGCUGCAUGACAAAGAUCUGAGGGAGUUUCAGUGGAAAAUGGGCCUGAGUGAUAGGCCGCGACCCAUCCAGCUGGAGGACGCUACCAGACAGGAAACUGUGGAUAAACUGGUACAGGUUUAUGGAGAAGAUGGUGCUGUGGAAACAACAGUGGAUAUUUUCAUUUGGAUGAAGCUUGCUAAUCUUGUAACAAAGUUAAUUGAAGCCCACACAGACAUAAUUGGGGAAGAGCAAUCACAUGAGUCAGUGCCUGCUGCCGUCUCUGCCAGUGAGAACCACAGAGCUGCAGAUUUGAUUUCUUAUGAUCUUUCUUGUCCAAUUUGCUUCUUCAUUUUCACUGAUCCUGUGACGCUGCAGUGUGGCCACAGCUUCUGUAGGAACUGUGUGCAUCACUGCCGCAAAUGUCCACUUUGUUGGGAAGUUAUCCCUGACACUGCACUUCAGAGUCAUUUUGCUCUGAAGAGUUUGAGUGAAAACUACAUAAAGGGAAAUCUGUUUCAGCCAUCAGGAGGACACAGAAAUGAGUCUCAUCAGAGUCAGAGCCGCGAAACAGCCGCAACAGUGCAUCAUUUCCGUCCCAACUACACCGCUCAGUGGGAAAGCAAUGUGGUCGCUCCCUCCUUUAUUGGUUCUAACAUUGACAACGUAAACAUCAAUAUCUUCUCAAAUGGCGAAGCGUCUAUUGUUUUACCAGAAGAAACAAUAAACCAUCACACGGUCCAGUUUUGUGAUUCAUCAUCUGAGCAGAUUGAGAGUCAGAGCAUCAACACAGCAGCAUCACAGCAUUUCAUAGAAUAUGAUAUUUGUCUGGAUGAAUUGAUCCACUGGGCAGAGUCAAACCCAGAAUGCCUCUGUGUUCAUCCAUCAACCUGGAUUGUAGCAAUGCUCAGCCAGCAACAUUGUGAAGAAGACGACCUUCCUCUUGUUAUUCCUUCAUUCUAGCUGAACUUCUGAGUUUCCCCUGAAACAAAAAAAAGUUGCUGGAUGUUUUUUUUUUUACAAAAAAGUCAGGUAGAAGACAUUGCCGCUUUGUGCAUGUGAGCAUCCUGGAAUUAGUUUUGAUUUGAUCUGAUUUUUAAAAUGUAUUUUUAUUUGAUAGAGAAGACUCAGUGGAUAACGUUACUGAUCAAAUAGUUUCUUUUUCUUGUGGGAUGGCAUUAGUGGUUUGUCUAGCAAGGCUGUAGACUCUUGAUGCCCUAGAGGCUUUUUUGUUAAUGAAAUGGAAGUUUAAAAAAGUUAGGUAAAUAUUUUAAAUGACAAAUAUUUUAAUUCAGGUUUGUGUUUUUUUUUAGGCUUUUUAAAAUUUUUAGAUGUACAUGAUUUAUUGGGAUAUACUAUUUUACUCACUCAUACUAAAAAACUUCUUCAUGAUACCAAAUUAUUCUAUUAACAAGUUCAAUGUAUGUGUUAUGACUAUGGUCAUAUUUUUGUAGUCUGCUGUGUGUUUGCUUGUGUGCCCUGUGGUGUUUUUGUUGUCAAUUUCAUAUUUUUUUACCCCCUGUCAUAAGGAACAUCAACUCACUCUCACAAUUCAAGUCUGCUCU